UGUGUUGUAACGCUUUUUUUGUGAGAACUUGUCUUUGAUAAUUUUGAGAAAAAAGGGCUGAAUUUUUGAAGAGUGAUAGGUUAAUGGCAACUUCGUCAUUAGUACAUCAUGAUAUAGUAUAUAGGGAUAGAUGAGUUUCGUGCGUGUUAGAAUUGGUUGAAUUAUAUAUUUUGUUUGAGAGACGACAAUUAGAAAUACAACAUGUAAUGUGACAUGAAGCAAAUUAAAAUCACAAACUUGGAACCAUUCUCAUCAAGCUUAACUUUCGACGAUUUAACGGAGGGUGAAUGAAUUAAUUUUACGCGAAACAAAGCGAAAGAUCGUGAAUACAAAAUCGCCUCGCAACUGCCUAUUAAUAGAGCAGCUGUCAAAUCGCAACGUUGAUCGAGGGAGAGUGUGUCUCGCAUGGAUCUGUCGUCUGUUGACAAACAAAUCGCGUUGCCGCGCCAUCUGAGCGACAACGCGUGAAAUUCGUUUUUCGCGCGCGUUUAUCUGUCGCGUGUAUACGUGCGCGAAAAUUUCGAAAAAGCGAGUGGAAUACGUAACGCACGGAAAGAUGAGGAGAGAUCGAGAUAGUAUCGAGCGGCCAGCGACCGGACCGGAGAAUCGCGUUCUCGUUGUCGGCUUGGGCGAGAGAGGAGCAAACGCGCGCGCCGUCUCCAGGCCCUCGUGCCAAGCUACUAACGGCGAAUGGCCAUUUUGUGCGUGACAGUUGUCGGCCGCAGAAAGUAUAGCAGUACCAUAACGAGUGACUAACAAGGCGUCUCGGAUCAUCGACUCUUUCCUCUCGCAUAUUUCGCUCAUUCGUCCGAGCUUGUCGCUCCCUAUUUCGGCAUUCUAAUCGUUAUUCGCGGUCGACGGUAGAGAGACGCCCGCGCGCGUCUUUGUCGUGCUGCGAUUUAUCGGUGAGUCGCCGAGUAUCACCGAGUAUCGGAGUGCCGCUGUUUGACAGCAGCGAGCGCCCGUUCCCUUCGAUUGUACAACCCGCGUCCUCGUUCCAGAUUCUCCACGUCGAAUGUUCCGUCAUUGCCGUCGGGAUUAUUCACGGUUCCGGGAACCGCUGCUCCACGUGUUUCCUCACGCCUGUGUUCUAAUUCUUGGGAGAGAGACGGCUGGUGGCGGGUGACGCGACGCGUCGUAUAUAUUAUUAGAUCAACGCUAUGCAAUCGACGACGGCGGACGGCGAGUGGCGGCGUCCACUACGCUACGAAGACCAGUCGUGGUGGCACGCGCGCGCGAGCACCGGAUCGCCUGUGUAUAAUUCCUCUGUGUAACGGUCGGCCCCUGCUGCCGCCGCCACCGCUGCUGCAGCACAGUCACUCCAAGGAAGGCUGUCGCGAAAUCACUUGACGUCAGCGUAACGCAAUGCAAACGUGUCUCGUUUGUAUACGUAUGUAUGUACAUAUGUACUGCGCGCGCGACGACGUUUUGCUCAUUGCGCAAACGAUAAACUUCCUCGAAAGUCGGAGUGUCUCUAUCGCUCGUUCGCAUACUCGCUCAUACACGUUUAUGCUCGAGAGAGACGCCUACGGUGACAGCUUGCUCGGCUCGGUGGUCUACAGUCUGAGGGAUUCUUUGUCUGUAUUCCGAAAGCGACUUGAAAAGCUUGAGAAAUCUGGAGUUUUACUUGGAAAGAAUGUGAUCCGAGCGUUAGUUGAUUACUUGAAUUUGUUUAUAUGCGAUCGAAUUGUUUUUAGUACGCAGUGUGAGUCUUGUAAUCAGCGAUAGAGUAGAUAAGACAGAUCAUACAAACUCUGAGAAACAUAGAUGGAUCUGCGCCAGUGGCGGCAGCGGCGGACCCCGUUCGCUGAGAAGCAUAGAAGUUCCAACACCUACUCCUACACCGCCAACACCGUUACUAAGUUCUGAAUGCCCUUCGUCCAACCUUACCAAUCUGCGGGGUCAAACUACCCAAAGAUCUAAAUCACGAGUGGAUGCAAUGUUGGAACGUGCUCUGACACAGCCACAACAGUGUUCCGUGGAUCCACUAGAUAACGCCCAUAAUUGGGGAAUUCCUAUCUGGGCGACAGAAAAGCUUCAAGCUUGGCUCGACAAAAUUUAUGCUUCUUUCAAUACUUUUGAUACCUAUAACUUGAAACAGCUGAAGCAAACUAAUCAGCGUAAAACUGAGAAAGAUUUGAAGGUCAAGCAUCUGAAAGGAUCGUACAUCAAAUUCGAAUCCUUUAACAGAAUUACUAGACCUGUGUUUCUGGAAUUGUCAUCGUGGCCAACGUUAAACUUCGACGGUGAUCUAGGUUCGUGUCCUUUUGACACAAGGAAACAAGGAAAACGAGAAAGCAAAUUAACAAACAAAGAGAUUAAGGAGAAUAAGGAGGCUGUUGAAUCUACAAAUAGGAUCGAGAGUAAAGAAAUGACUCGGAGACCCCGUGCCACCGCUGCACGUGCCCGCAGAACAGAACAGCUGGUCGCUGGUUACUGCGAAAUUUGUCAUAUUCAUUAUGAUGAUCUAUCCAAACAUUUACAAAGUGAACAGCAUUUGAACUUUGUAGGGAACGACGAUAACUUUUUGUCAUUGGAUACGUUAAUCAAUGCGGGCGCCAAUGUGGAGGCAUUCUUAAAACUAAAUAGAACAAAGGAUAUCGAGAAAGACUGUGAUUGUUUUCCUAAUGGAGAUGGCAAUCUUCACAAUACAGUAUUGCCUGAAGAGAAGGUUAACAAGAACACCAAAACUUUAAGUAACUUUAGUGUUGACGAGAUAAAAAUAGUGAAUGGUGCGCGUAGGAACCUUAAUUUAAAAUUAAGUUCGCCGCAUAAUUUGCGUACUCGUGCGAAACACGAAAGUGGACAUCUUCUUAGAUCCAAGGGCAGUCCAUGGCAUGAAGUCGAUAAGAGCGAGAAAUUGUAUGACAAGUUGGAGGGUUUCACCAUUAAGAAACGUUCAAAAGGUACUAUUUGGAUCGAAGAAGAUGACCCAGAGGAGAAGUAUGCAGAAGAAGAUAUCCUGCAGAAGGAAUCGAAGCAGGAAGACUAUAAAAGGUCCUUUUCGAAUGAAAUCGAUGAAGUUUUAAAUACUAAGGAAGAUAAUAUCAGUAAUAAACAUAGUAAUAAUCUAGAUUCGUCGAACUUGCAGCCGGCAAUCGUACAUAAUAAUACGCAAAAUGGUAUUAUAAAUUCACGUCGUGUAUCGGAAGAAUCAGAUUACCUCAAGAGUAAGGACAAAUGUAACGGUGACGAAAAUGCGUGUGCGUUAGAAUGUAUGAUAAGUGUAGAGAACAGUGUAGUCGAUAAUAGUUAUGCUGAGAACUGCAAGCCAUGUAAGGAUUUAUUUCAAAGAGACAAUUGCACGUUGCAAGCGGAAAAAGUGACGAUAAAAGCAAGAAAGUUGUCGGACGAUGUGAGGGAUUUUGUUUGUAAUGAAAAUAAUGACAAAAGUGAAGAAAAGGACUCGAAAGUGUUGCAGGGAGAGAAUAAUCGUUCUAUGAAACCUAAGCAUCCUUCCCGCCUCAAUCGAAGGGGCAGCAGAAGUAUCAGAGGUCGAUAUCGGCAUCGACUAUCAGUGGAGGAACGUUUGAUCGAGGACAAUCGCGCAUACUAUAAAGUGGAAGUGUUAGGUAACAAACUGCGAUCGAGUGCAGUGACGGGUAGUGGCAAUCCGCAACAGCACACGGCAUCGAAAGAUGACGAUGGCGAAGAGAAAAAGGAAGCACCGUUGUCGAGUGAGAAGCCAGUGGUAGUGCGGUUUAAACGCGUGAGAAAAUCGGAGCUGUCAUUGUUAAGUGAUGAAGCAGAAUCCUUUAUGUUUGGCGAGCCGAAACGAGAUGACUCGAGCGAACAAACCAGCGACAACGAACAAAGUAGUGUGUUGCCGAGAGAUACGGAGAACAGCGAAACCAAUGAAACUGCCAAUUCGUCCAUGUUGCUGAGUUCGCCAUUAAAUUCUAGUCCCGUGAAACAGGAAAUUAUCGAGGAGGAUUCACAGGACUUUGUACAUCUGGGUAGAGCGAGAAAAAGGAGACGCACACAAGCAGAAGCGUUUAUCAAGGACAACACUGACUACUAUAAGUUCGAGACGCCAGGCAGCAGAUUAAGGUACCAGGCUCCAUUAACCGGUGUCAAAGACACUGUAUUCGCGGAGAGUAGGGAAAACACAGCAUUGAAGAAGUCACAACAAUCGAACGAUUGCAAACCAGAAACCGAAAAUAUAGUUGAGAAGAUUUAUCCGUCCAAACCGUCAACGGAGAUUGAAAAAAUGCAAUUCUCCUUUGAAGCGAUACCCAAGUCCGAACCGUGGUAUCAAACGUAUCAACGUCAAGAUGCGGGUGCCGAGUUUUGGCACUGUUUUAGCGAAUGCGAUGUAAUGAAACCGUUUCUACUGCCAUACGAGAUAGAAAAUUUUCAUGAAACGCUAAUGAAGAUGCAAAGUAAAAUUGACGUAGGAGGCAGGAAAAGGGGCCGCGGACGCGGUGUAGGAUGCGUAGGACGUUCACCAAGAAAAAGCCCACGUUGCCACGCAUCUACGUUAGCCAUCAUGUCCACCAUAAUCCGCAAAAGAGAACAGCAACAGUCGUCGACCCUAUGUACGAUAGAAGAAUCACCGCUAUUUGUCAGAUCGCGGACAAAUACACCCAAGCCUGAACAAAAACAAGAUCUCAAGUCGAAUCUGGACGAGGAGCUAAAGGAAAUAGCAAAAACGAUCGAUGAUAUGCUAAGUGUGAAGGAUCUGGAUGAUUCAUUCGAGCCCGACGUGGACUUGGGACAAGCUGACGUUUUCUGCGGAACACCAAAGGGGGCGCCAUCAAAUCUGUUGGAAUUGCUCGAUAAUUAUCAAGACAUCCCCAACUGUUUGGAAAACAACUCGUCAUGUGCCAGUUCCGAAUGUGGUGAGGCGAACAUAGACACUCCGUUGAAAAGAAGGAAACGAAGGAAAAACCGGACUGGUUGGCCAGUUGGUAACAAGAUGAAAAAGAAAAUACAGACGAAUAGCAAGAUGUCUAUGGAUUGCGAGCGGGAAUCAUUACUGGAGAAAGAGUUUUACCUUGACAGGGAUUUCGCCGGAAAUACGUUGGAUACGUCCAGCAAAUUACCGGAAGAGGCUGAUUCUCACACGAUAACGACAUCGAAUAAUGUGCUAGUAACCGCUGCGGAACGACUAAAUGUCAAUCGAAAGUGCGAUGCUGACGCCUUGCUGAAAAUCUGUACUACCAACGCGUCUCACAAAUCGUGUCACGAGGCGCUCGUGAAGAAAGACAGGAGUGUAGAGACCGUGAACGAUGACACCAACAUGAGUCUAUCGGCGAAUUCAGGCUACGUGGAAUCACUAUCCAUCUCGGAAAACACGUGCGACGACACAACGAAUAAGAAUUAUUUGUCGAACAAGGAUUAUCCAUGUAGGAAAGAUUUAUCGAAGAUCGAAGAGAUUUCGGAGAAUGAUGAGUUGGGCAACGAUGAAAAUCAUGAGAAUCAGAAGAGCCUGUUUGGCAGAAAAGACGUUAACGCAAUCACCGAGAGGAAUUUGGUUAUCAAGUCGUCGUCCGUCGUCAGGAAGCAACGACAACGGGACCACGUUACCGUUGCUAUCGCUGUCAACACUGUCGACAACAACAGCUGUAAGUCGCAAGACACGGAGAUUGAGAAUCGGGACAAUAUACAGUUGCAGCAAUGUAGAAAGGAGACAGAGUCCGGUAUAGUUCCUAAGAAAUAUCAUAACACCAAUUCCGAAUUGUCGUCGCCGAAACGGCAACUGCGAGGCGGCAAUUGCGAGGAGAAUUCGUCUGAGAACACGGGGGAAUUGCUGAAACAACAUGGUCGUCAACACAGUAUUGUGUUUGCCGCGACAAGGAGCGGCCGAAUAGGUUCGCGGAAGCGCAUCUAUUCUAGGAAACGUCAGUCGAAAACAGCCGUCGCUCAUAACAAUCUGUCGUCGUCUGAUCAUCAUGUUGGUAUGGUAUAUGACGAUGAGAAUUGUAAGAAGGACGCCUACUUGAGUAUUACAUCUACUAAGAAGCAAUCACCGAGUUCCGUAGUGCGCAGCGCGAAACGCAAAAGUGAAGCCAUCUCGUCGUCGGACAACAUCCAGGAAUCGUCCGAUCCGAUGUUGGAUCAGUGCGCGUUAUCGGAACGUGUUAUCAGCCCGCCGUCGGUGAUAUCGUCCUCCGAGCUCGAGCAGCGUCGCUCAAGCAUCGAGUUCCAGCCGGUUGUACGGAUGAUGAAACUCGACGAUCAAGUGGACAUGGAUCACGGUAUUUUGUCGACAGUGACUGUGGCGAGUAAUCGACGAUUGAGAAGUUCCGGCAGUUCGCCGCGAUCAAACAACUCCAAACCACCGAAGAAGCGCAUAAAAUCCGGCCGUGGACACUUUGGACGGUGGUUGAAGAGCAGCUGAAAAAUAGAUAUGAAGAAUAAGAGUAUAAGUACUUGGACUUAGAUUUCAAAGACAAAUGAUCUCGCGAUCUGAUAUUGUCCUGACGCGAUGUAUAUUAUGUAUAAAAAUAUUAUUUGUGUACGUAGAGAAUAGUAUUUAACAUCGCAUCAUAGUAUUCUCUCUCUCUGUCUCUCUCUUUAGUGAUCAUUCUACUUAGUGACGUUCUUUCAGGUGGUUAGUUAAUACACUCCUCGCCACCAGUAUACAGCUCAUUGUACAUUUUUUCGAUGCGGUCGUUGUGUUCUCGGAAACAGGAUAGUUUUGUCUUUUCUUUUUUUUUCUAAUAGAGAUUUGUCGUUUCUUUUUUAUUUCUUUUUUUCGUCAGUUACAUUAGACGAAAAUUGUAUAUCACUUUGAAGACAGCCGUUUUGUUCAAAUCAUUAUUAAGAUUAUUUUCAUAUUGAAUGUAUACAUUUUUAAAGUACGCAAGACUGUAUACAGCUUUAUAAUAAUAUAAUCAUUCAUUUCUGUUAUGCUGCAUAUUAUUGAAAAUGAUGUUCUAUAUUUUCAAUUUUUUUCAGUAUAUACCUAAUUACUUUAUUUAAAACAAAACUGUAAGUCGCUCACAAGUUCAAAAAGAGAAAUUAUCAUUAUUAAAGAUAUAAAAUUUUCCAUUAAAAA